ACUCUGAACCAGUGAGCUCGUGCAAUUCGAAAAUGAACAGCUUGAUCAUCAGAAGAAAGCUUGCUGAACAUAUCAGGAGAUUGAAAUUUCCACAGAGGACUUUAUGUACGGAUGCAGCUCCUAAAGUUUCCAGCUCCCAUAGUGUUCAAUCCAGCAAUGACCAUGUGGGGCAACAGAGUUUUCGCAAUGAAGUCCACCCGUACGACAUUGCUAUUGUUGGAGGGGGCAUGGUUGGCAUGGCCCUUGCUUGUUCCUUGGCUAGAAUGCCACUGACCAAGCACUUGAAAGUUGCCAUCAUUGAUAGCAAUCCUGCGUUAUUGAAGGGACUCUGCAUCAAGAAAGAAGACCCUCCUGAUCCAAGGGUCAGUACAGUAACACCUGCGACUAUAUCUCUCUUCAAAGAUAUUGGUGCUUGGAAAUAUGUUGAACAGCAUCGACAUGCAUAUUUUGAUCAAAUGCAGGUUUGGGACUAUACUGGCUUAGGGUAUACAAAGUACAAUGCAAGAGAUGUGCAUAAAGACAUUCUAGGGUGUGUAGUGGAGAAUAAAGUACUGCACAGUUCUCUUUUGUCAUGUAUACAGGAUACAGAUUUCCAGAAGACUAUCUACCCUUCCAGAUUGUCUUCAAUGACUUUACAGCCAAGAAAUUUAUCCAUGGGGGUGGAUAGCACAUCAUCGGGGUUGAAUGAGCGGGGAAACUUAGCAAAGCUGGAUCUGAGUGAUGGCAACAGUCUGUAUGCAAAGUUGGUGGUUGGAGCUGAUGGGUCCAAAUCACGUGUUAGGGAGUUGGCAGGAUUUAAGACAACUGGAUGGAACUACUCACAGAAUGCAAUCAUUUGUACUGUAGAACAUAGUGUAGAAAAUCGAUGUGCAUGGCAACGAUUUCUACCUGCUGGGCCAAUUGCACUUUUGCCAAUAGGUGAUAAUUUCAGUAACAUUGUUUGGACUAUGAACCCAAAAGAAGCAACUGAUCGUAAAUCAUUGGCUGAGGAUGAUUUUGUGAAAGAUGUCAAUUAUGCGCUGGAUUAUGGAUUUGGUCCUCAUCCUAAGUCGAGCACCUUAGGAAGUGGAGGCAUAUUUUCUUGGUUUAAAACAGACGUGAAUUUAUCUCCUGAUGAGUGCUUCAAAGUUCCACCGAAACUGGUGAAGUUGGCAUCAGAAAGAAUGGUGUUUCCGUUAUCUUUGAUGCAUGCCAAUGACUAUGCGUCAAAGCAUGUGGUUCUAAUCGGCGAUGCAGCACACACUGUUCACCCUUUGGCUGGGCAAGGAGUUAAUCUGGGUUUUGGAGAUGCAUUUGCUCUUUCAAGAAUCAUUUCUGAGGGUAUUGCAGUGGGAACAGACAUUGCUGAGGUACUGUUGUUGAAGAAAUAUGAAGCAGAGAGGAAAUCAGCAAAUGUCACAAUGAUGGCAAUCCUGGAUGGUUUCCAAAAGGCUUACUCGAUUGAUUUUGGACCUCUAAAUAUAUUGCGGGCUGCUGCAUUCAAUGGAGCACGGUAUAUUCCACCCCUUAAAAGGAGUAUUAUUUCAUAUGCCUCAGGGGAUCAAAGAUUCCCAAUUUUCUCUUGAGAUAGAUGUAAAUAUGGUGAGAUAUUUUCCUUUCAUCAAUCUUGUAAAAGAAUAACUGCCCGUUCUGGUUAAAGAUGGCUUAUUUUGAUCCC